AUGUUUAAACUUUUAAUAAUUUUUUUUAUUUUUAAGAGUAGUCUAGCUUGUGAUAGCCAACAACAUAACCAUCAUCAUCAUCAUAAAAAACAUAAUCAUCACCAUCAUCGCCAUCAAAAAAGAGAAGCAAACAAUAACAAUAAUAGUCAUUAUCAGUUGCCAAUGCAACAUUCUUGUUAUGGCGAUAUUUUGUCUGAUAAAAUAAAAGAAAAUGGUCAUCUUAAAAAAGAAGUGCCUAUUCCUUUGGAUAAUUCUUUUCGUCAACAAAUUGAUCCUAUGUCCGUUUCUUUACCAAAUGUUUUGGCUCCAUCAUCUUUACAAACUGAUGGAUAUGAAUUUUAUGCACCAAUUAAAUCCUUAAGUGGAGAGAAUUUUAAUAAAUUUCCUCAACAUUUGAAUGAUACAGACAAUAAUUCUGAAGGUUCAUACAGACUAAGUAAACGGCUUAAUAAUGGAGUAAAUGACAGUGAUCAACAAAAUUCUUCUCGUUCUGAUAUUUAUUCUUCCUCAUCGUCAACUGUCGCUGCUGGCAGCAAUUAUGUUGAUCCAAGAGUUUAUCAAACAACUUUUACAACUAAAAGAGUUGGAAAUGUUAUUGUUAAAAAAGUUACUUUGCCUGAAAGUACUUCAGAGCCGUUACAAUGUUCUGAUAAUUUUUCAAUUGCUUCUACCUCAGCAACAACUACAACAACAGCAAUGCGUCGUCAACAGCUUCAAAAUACCAAAGCUUCAGCAGUUGUUCAUUCGCCUAGUCCUAUUAUUGAAGGAAAUAAAAUAAAAUCUUCCAUUCCACCGCUAGCCCAUGAAGGAGGAACGCCAGCAACAAAAACUUUCGGUUUCCUUUUUUGUUUAUUUUUUGAUUUUACUUUUAAAUUUCUAGGCCAACAACCUGGCAGUGAAUUUACUUCAUCCUCAGCGUGUUGUUCUGAUUAUUCCAUAGCCUCUUCAUCUGCCCCAGCUUCAACUCGUAGUUCUGAUGGACAACGAAGGAUACGUUAUGCACCUUCAGCAAGUUGUGGUUCUUCUGAUUUUAAAAAUCGACUAAGAAAUGAAAUUCCUGUUGCUAUUGAUUAUCCUCCUCCAAAUAACAUUUAUUCGUCUUGUGGUGGUGGUGGCGUUACUUCAAUUAUCCGCCCAGUUUUAAUUUCUUCUACACGUGGAAGUACUUCAUCAACUUCUAAUUUUGGACAUUUAGGAAAUAGAAAACCUUUAGUGAUUAGAACACCAACUAUAGGAGAUAAAGUGCCAAUUACAAAAUCGGAUAGUGAUGCCACCAAUGCUGCCAAUAAUGACAAAACUGAAAAUAAUGAUGAAGAUGUUGCUUCAAUUGACACUUCAAAUCGUGCUGGCCCUCUUCCUGGUCGUGUUAUUUGUAAAGAAGAUUUGGUUAUAACAAUAGAGGGAAUUGAUAUUAAACAACAACCAACAACCUCAUCUGCAAAAUCAAAAAUGGAAGGAACUCGGCCUGUAAUUGGUCCAAAACCGACUGGUUUAAUUAACAAGAAAGAACCCGAAGCAACAACAGAAAAUAUUAACAAAUUAUUGGAUCCACUUGAUAGUAUUUUAAAAGAUGUUCUUUCAUUAAAUGAGACAUUAAACUACAAUAGUGGCACUGCUCAACCAGCAACUUCAAAUACAAAUAGAAGACGUUUACCGACAGCAAUUUCUAUUGAAAGCGAAGAAAGACCAGAUUUACGAACUGUACAUUUAUUUAAUGGUGAGGAAGAAGGAGAUGAUAAUGAUGCUGGAAAUGUUCCGUAUACUUUAACUGUAAGAGAAGUUGAAAGUGGAGGAAGUUGUUGUCAAGGUGAAACAAGUCAACAGCAACCAGAUGGAACAACUAAAGAGAGAUUACCAAAAUGUGAACAUAAAGGAAGACAUGUAAAUAAACAAAUUGAAUUGGUCCAUCGUCGCAGACUUCCAUCACAAGAUUCUUAUUCAUCCCAAGAUCAUUCCAUUUCUCCAACAAAUCCAGAUUCAAAUAUUCUUGAAUACAUGAUGAGAAAAAGAUCAAAAAGCCAAUCUCUUGAAGGACAACAACAACAACAAAAUCAGAAACAUGUAGCAGUAACUACUCGAACAAAUCGGACAGAUGAACGGCGAUUUACACAACCAGUCACUAAACAAGCUGAUCAGGAAAGAAUAACUGAAGAAUUAAAAGAACAAUGUCCAGAUACGUCAAAUAAAUGCCUUUUGGAGACAGAUUUUUAA